UCGCACAGAAAAACAAGUCUUGAUCCAGUUAAUUCCACAUGGUGAAGGGGACAGACUCCGGGAGUCUCGCGUUACACAAGACAUUGAUCAAUCAUUGACAGAAAGCAUCUCUCCUCGAGUAGACACUGUGAGAACGUCAAGAACCAGAGAUGAAACUGGUUGCAUUUCUGGUGUGCUUCAUGCUCGCCUUUGCAGCUGUGGGAGCCACAAUACAGCCGAGAGAACCUGGUUGGUCCGGUUCACUUUUAGUGGUCCCGAUGGAUGGGAGUCACUGGACUGGUGUGAAAGCUGUAGCGCAGGAGAUGGGCCGCAGAGGACACAAAGUGAUGGUGGUCAUUCCAGAGGUCAGUGUACUGUUAGGACCUGGCAAAUACUACACUACUAGAACCUUUCCGGUUCCGUACGGAAAGCAACAACUGGAUGAACUACAAGCUCGGAAUGCUGAAGUAAUGGAGAGUAAGCAGCUGCCUUUGUUGGAGAAGAUCAGCACAAGGAUUAGUAACAUGAGGAAAUUUGUGGACCUCCAAAGAGCCACGGCUGAGAGUCUCCUAUUGAACCAAGAGCUGGUGGACUUCCUGAAGAAGCAGAACUUUGAUGCCGUACUCACCAGCCCAGCUGUACCAACUGGGGCCAUCCUGGCUUAUAACCUCUCCUUACCUGCUGUGUAUAUGUUGCGAGGCUUACCUUGCGGGCUAGACUCGACGGCCACUGCCUGUCCGAGCCCUCCGUCUUACAUCCCACGGUUCUUUACAAACAACUCGGACCGUAUGUCGUUUCGUCAACGUGUGCUGAAUGUUCUAGUGAGCACCGUAGAGCCAUUGCUUUGCAGACUGAUAUAUUGGUCAAUGGAGGGUGUAGCAUCCCGUUUCCUGCAGAGAGACGUAAGUGUGGCAGAGAUCCUGCGCAGUGGAGCCUUGUGGCUGCUGCGUUAUGAUUUCAGUCUGGAGUUUCCUAAACCCUUGAUGCCCAACAUGGUUCUUAUCGGGGGGAUUAACUGUGCCAUAAAAAACCCUCUUACUAAGAGAGAUGUGAGUCUGACUGAGAUCCUGAGCACUGGAGCUGUCUGGUUGAUGUGGUAUGAUUUCAAUCUGGAGUUCCCCAAACCCCUGAUGCCCAACAUGCAGCUGAUAGGAGGAAUUAACUGUGGAAUUAGGAACCCACUGAAAAAGGAGGUGGAGGAAUUCGUGGAGGGCUCUGGAGAGCAUGGUAUUGUGGUGUUCAGUCUGGGUUCUCUGGUCUCCUCCAUGCCAAAAGAGAAAGCUGCAGUCUUUUUCAAGGCUUUCAGUAUGAUUCCACAGAGGGUUCUCUGGCGGUAUACAGGUGAGAUUCCUGAUAAUGUCCCAGAAAAUGUCAAGCUGAUGAAGUGGCUUCCACAGAAUGACUUGCUCGGUCACCCCAAAGCAAAAGCCUUUAUCACUCAUGGUGGGACGCAUGGAAUCUAUGAGGGCAUUUGUCAUGGUGUGCCCAUGGUGAUGAUUCCCCUCUUUGGUGACCAGGCUGACAACGUGCACCGCAUGGCGACUCGAGGAGUGGGAGUGGUGCUCAGCAUCCAUGACAUCACUGCAGAAACACUGCAUGAUGCUCUCAACAGUGUUAUUAAUGAUGGCAGCUAUGAGCAAAGAAUGGAGAAGCUGUCGGCCAUACACAAUGACCGUCCCAUGCAGCCCCUGGAUCUUGCAGUCUACUGGACAGAGUUUGUUAUGAGACACAAAGGGGCAGACCACCUGAGACCUGCUGCUCAUGACCUGAACUGGUUUCAAUACCACAGUCUAGAUGUGAUUGGCUUCCUGCUUUUUAUUGUGCUGAUUGUAACUCUAGUAACAUUUAAAUGCUGUGCACUUUGUUGGAGACGCUGUUGUAGAAAAUUGCAGAAGAGGAAGAAAGACUGAUAAUAUAGAUUAAAAGGUGGUUUUGCUUAUAAAAGCGCACAUUUUCCACAUCUACCAUUUCAUUUUUACAUUUUCAGAAGAAAAGUUACUUUCAUCGCCUGACAACUGAGCCAGUAAAAUCUCUUUAAAACGCAGCCGUUUUGUAAAGGGGUAGCACACAUCAAGAUUUUGAAGCAGUUUCACCUGUGAAAGUGUUGUUUCUCAAGAUAAUAGUUUUACAUGCUUUCAUUUAGAUAUCACUGGACCACUGUUCACCUAAAACAUUAAAACAGUCAAGCAUUCAAAGCAACCCACUGUAAGAUAAACAGACUGCAGGUUCUAACUCUCAUAAUCAGCUGGAAUUCUGGGUAAAAAAAAAGUCUCCCAAUUAACCCUAACCUGGGUAGAUGAAGUGUUUAAUGACACAAAUGAAAGGUUGUGUAAGAAAUAUAAGCUUGUCUAAUUUUAAUACAGAUGUUUUCUGUAUUUUUUUAAAGUGCUUCAUCGACCUUAUGAUCAACAUCAAGGCAUUCAGCAUUUUUUUUAUAUAAACAAUUGUUUUUCCUUUAAUUUCAGUCCUAAAUGACCAACAAUCAUUUUUUGUAUAAACAGUAAAUUGUUGUUGUGCACUUGUAGCCAUGAUCUGAAAAUGCACACACUAAAUUGAUUUUAAAUAAAAAUAAAAUUCCAAAAUA